AUGGCAGCGGUUUUCAUGGGACAUCAACCACCCGUUAGGGUCCACAGGACAUACCCUCGCCUGUCUAGCGCUGCUUUUAAACGUCUCGCCAUUUUGAUUUUGGUGGGCUGGGCAGUGAAGACAGCCCUCUCGAGCUACAGCGAUGCUGUUUUCCCGAACUCGCCUUUUGGAUUUCGCUCUCCAGAGUCCGAAGCUGCUUCAACUGGUGGAUUCGUCGUCGUUCAUCCCAAAUCAAGCGCUUCGAGCACCAUCAAUUAUGGGAAAGGCUUCAAAGGCGGCGAGCAGAAUUCUUUAGUCAACAUCUCUGGUCAGCCCAACAACGCCUUGGUUAAUAUGUCCCCUGGCAUCGGCUCAAUUAUUUUCGGACCCCUCCUGGAUAUUUCUAGUAACAAAGAGUAUAGCACCCAACUAGGUACCAACGACUCUAUCUCACUCGGCGCCCCUGACAUCCACAAACAUUUCAUGGAUAUUACCCAAGCCUCUCUCGCUGAUGUACACGUUGUCGACGCCGCAUUCAUUACAAAAGAUAUCGCGAAGUAUCUCACGUUCCGAACGGUUCUAGCCACACUACAACGCCUCAACUAUUUCUCUGUUGACGAGUCCACCAUGUACGAUAGACUCGAUCAUGGUGUCGAUUCCCUAAGUCAUAGAGGAGAUCCCAACUCAUGGAGCGUCGUUGUCUUUGCGCACCCUACCUCUCCAUUUGUCAACACCCGCAAUAAUGAACCUUUCUUUGGUCAGACCAACAAUGUCGUGAUUGACAUAUCCCCUGGUAUCGACUCAAACAUUUUCGGACCCCUUCUAGAUAUCCUUAGUAACGAAAUGAAUGGCAUCCAACAGUUUUCCAGCGACGCAACCCCACUCUGCGCCGCUGCCAUUUCCAAAGCAUCCUCUACCUUGUUCAGUCUUACCGAAGCACACAUCAUGGACGUUUCUCAAGCCUCACACGCUGAUGUAUACGUUGUCGAUGCCACAAUUCCUAUCAAAUAUCCCGCAAAUCUCAUGCAAUUCCAAAGGAUUGUCGCCACACAAGAGUGCCUCAACCACUUCACUGUUGACGAGUCCACCAUGCACGAUAACCUCGAUCAUGGUGUCGAUUCCCUAAGUCUCAGAGGAGAUCCCAAGUCAUGGAGCGUCGUUGUCUUUGCCCAUCCUACCUCUCCCUUUGUCUACCGAAGUAGCGCCUUCAGCGGGGAACACCUUUCUGUCAGUUCCCCUGCGCUGCCUGUGGACGUCGGUCGAGAUGAAAUGGAUGGAUCAAGACAGCUUAGCAACAUUGACUGGAAGAUUUACAUGGCAUUUGGACUAGGACUCGUCGCACUUCUAAGUCUACUCUUCAGACACCUCCAAUACACCGUCGCAAAGCCACUGGCACCCGCACCCCGGCCAACCUUGCAGUACAUACAAUAUGACUCUCUUUCCAGCUUUGGUCGCAUGCAAGAACAGAAGCUCGAUACUCUAUUCGAGUGUCGCUUCAGUGGAUGCAAAUGCGAUCGAUACAUCGAGGUCUGGUACAGCAAGGUCACUAUGGAUUCUGUUAACAAGUUCCUCGCAAAUGGCUGUCAAUCUUUGUCAGAGCAAUGGGGACAAGGAUUCUGGGCCGUGUUAUCUUCUGUGUUGGCUAUUUUAUCGGUAAUUGUCGAGUUCAUGGAGUGCUUUGUUAUGCUUCUUUUCCUGGUGUACUCCUUCUAUGGUCGAUUUGAAGGUUAUUUCAUUGGGAUCUUUAAGAUAAUCGCAGUACUUCUGUUACUUGGUGGUGCAUCACUAUAUUUUAGGCAAUUAACGACCGUCCAACGCCUCUUCAACGUCAAUGGCAAGCGAAGGAAGAAACUACGCUUAUCUUCUGUGUUGGCUAUUCUAUCGGUAAUUGUCGAGUUCAUGGAGUGCUUUGUUAUGCUUCUUUUCCUGGUGCACUCCUACUGUGGUCGAUUUGAAGGUUAUUUCAUUGGGAUAUUUAAGAUAAUCGCAGUCCUUCUGUUACUUGGUGGUGCAUCGCAAUUUUUUAGGCAAUUAACGGUCGUCCAACGCCUCUUCAACGUCAAUGCCAAGUGA